UAACGCCAACACGCUUAUUUGCGUCAUCACGCAACGCGCUGACGCAAUUCCGCUACGCGCGAAAGUUUGAGCGUUGUGUUCCAAACACAACAAGAGACGGUUCCCGCUUCACACAACAAUAACCGACCGGAACGUUCAGAAUGGCGGAGUUGGGCUGCUACUCUCCCAGCUUUAAAAAACCGUCCGAUGUUCUGCGGAUGAGACGGAAGCGCGCGCGGAGCGAAGGCCCGGACCGGAGGACGGUGGACGGGGUUCGUCCGUUCUCACCGGGGCCGCUGCUGAACGCACCGGGCCGAGCGAGCGGCGGCGGCGGGAAGCGCAGAAAUCCGUUCGCCAACAUCGAGAACACGUUCAACAGUCCCAAGAAGAGAGCGUUAUCACACAGCGGCGCUCCGGACGGCAGGAAGGCGGCAGCUGCGGUUCUGGACGGGAAGCUCAGGGAAGAGCGCGCGAACGCUGGAACACUGUUGAGAGAGGAGCUGUUCAACACCGAGAGACAAAAACAGCACGAGAUAAAGACGCCUGUUUCUCUCUCUGAAGCUGCUGGUUUGUUUGAGGAGGACCUGUUUGAGCCGGAGAGAUCCGCUCCAGUGCUGAAGAGUCCAGAGGCGGUUUGUGACGCGGCUCCGGCUGAAGUGUGUCUGGAGUUCCCGGCCGAUUGGUCUCUGAAAACGCGUCUGUUGUUCACGUCUCCUCAGUCGUUCUCGUGGGCUGAGCAUCUGAAGGCGCAGGAGGAGGCGCGGGGCUUGAGCUCUCACUGCAGGGCCGAGUUCUCCAGCUUACCUGCUCAUAUACAGGAGCCGCGGGGCUGUGCGGAGCUGCGCUGGGGGUUUCAUCAGUGUCUUCAGUACUGGCAGCACCCGUCGCUGCCCUGGCUCUCUCUCUUCCCGCGGAUCGGCGCAGAGCGCAAGUUCUCUGGCAAGUGCGUGCCGUGGGCGCAGGACACAGCGCUGCAGCAGAGUCUGAUGAGCGACUGGUCUGUGAGUCUGACGUCUCUCUACAGUCUGCUGAAGGCCCGGCUCUGUCCGUAUUUCUAUCUGUGCUCGUAUCAGUUCACGGUGCUGUUCAGGGCGGCCGGUCUGAGCGGCGCUAAAGGCAUCAGUGCACUGCUGUCCCCCACCACUAGAGGGCUGCGCGAGGCCAUGAAGGCGGAGGGGAUAGAGUUCUCUCUCCCUCUGCUGGAGGAGAAGAGGAAGAGCAGAGAGCGGAGUGAGAGCAGUCAGACUGAAGGCGAGGACUCGGCCAGCGGCGCUGUAUUAAGUGAGCACAGUGAAAACGAGGAGGAGGAGGAGGAUGAAGAUGAUGAUGACGGUGGAUUUUCCUGGCUGAAGGAGAUGGGCGUCCAAGACAAGAUCAAGAAACCAGAUGCCAUUUCUAUCAAACUUCGUAAGGAGCACAGCGAGGUGCGUUUGGACCACAGACCAGAGUCCGUGGUGUUGGUGGAGGGUUCGAACACCUUCACGCUGCUCAACUUCCUCAUUAACUGUAAGAGCUUGGUGGCUGGAGCCGGGUCUCAGGCGGGGCUUCCUCCAACUCUACUGGCCCCUACAGCCUUCAGAGGGGCCACGCUGCACACGCUCAAGACCCGGACCGUGAAAGUGAAGACUCAGGUGAGAGCGGGCUAUCAGGACGUGUGCAGUCUGGAGGUCACGGGACCCGUCAUGCCCCACACGCUCCACGCGCUGACGCAGCUCCUCAAACCCGCUCAGAAAGGAGAGUUUUCAGUGGGUCUCUACACCCACGAGCCCACGGCCGUCCUGAACGUGCCCCUCAGCUUGACCUCUGACCCUCAGCAGCUGGAGUCUGUGGUACAGGAUCUGGGCAGGUGUGGCCUCCAGCAGAGCUCCAUUCAGCAGCUGGCCAUGCCGAGCAUGCUGGGAAAGAGCGCGCUCAGACAGCUGCACAUGAGAGACUAUUCGUACAGCUGGAAGUCCUGAGAUCCAGCUCUGGGAAAACAUUAAUAGAGAGCUGACAUGCCCUGCCUAUUAAUAUCUGUGGUGUAUCAGGCUUCCAGUGACGCUCACACACUCACUUCACUUCAUAGACACUGGGCUUGUAUAUAGUGUAGCUUUUAGUGUUAACACAGUGAAAACAUUAGGAGUUUGGACGGACUAACUUGUUGUUUUAAAUCAGUUUUAUUUUUAUGGGGUGUAAUAAUGUUUUAGACCGUGUGUGUGAUUUAAAGUUUAGUUUUUAAUCAGCGUCUCUCGAUGAGAAACAAUGACUUCUUUGGGAAGUAACAUGUAAAACUGUUGAAAUCCUUUUUGUCAGUGUAUUUAUCACACUUGUAUGAAUUUAUUAAAUGAGUGUUGAAAUA